AUGGCCAAUCCGGAGAUUAGCACAAACGAAAGAUGGCCCGGUCUCAUAGGCCAAUAUAAAGUAAACACCGCGCUUCAAUAUGACCGUACCUACACGAAUGUUCAAGCCUGGGGAUAUGAGGCGCUGGCAAAAAAGCGUAACCAUCGAAGCUCUGGACUCACUGAAGACCUCAAACCCGUCGAAUUGUUUAAAUUUCAUUUGGGUGAGAUUCCUGAUGAGGAAAAACCUUCACUGCCAUCAUCAUUGAAUUAUAAAAAGGCCAUUACAGAUUAUCUUCGAGAAAUUGGAAAGGUAGAAAAAAGCCCAACACAUUAUGUGGCCAAGGAUACUAUUCACAUUUGUUGGCCAAACGUUAACUUUAUGAACAAUGUGCUACUUAUACUUACAAUACCUGCAGAAUUUACUGAUAAAGCCAAGGGAAUAAUGAGGGAAUGCGCCUUAAAUGCCAAUUUGAUAAGUACCUUACGAUCCAGUCACCUUCAAUUUACAACCGAACCGGAGGCGGCUGCUUUGUAUUGCAUGAAAGUGUCGAGCGAAUACUUUGAUAACUUGGUCGGAAAGUCUUUCCUCAUAUGUGAUUGCGGAGGAGGUACAGUAGACUUGACAGCCCGUACAAUUUUAGAAGAUAAUAAAUUAGGUGAAAUCACUGAACGAACCGGCGAUUUCUGUGGAGGCACUUAUGUGGAUCGAGAAUUCGUUAGAUACCUUAGAGGUAAAGUUGGUUCAACCGCCAUCGACCUCCUCAUAGAAAAUUAUUACGAUCAAUAUCAAUAUAUGAUUCAGAAAUUUUGUAAACACGUGAAAUUACCAUUUACCGGCGACCGAAAUACUUUCAAACUCGUUGAAUUCGAUCUUGCGGAGUAUUGCAAGGUGAUCAAGCAAUAUGUAAAGGGGGAAGAAAAAUUGAUAUUAGAAGAAGAUGAAUGGAUUUUAGAGUUGGAUUUUGAAACCAUAAAAUCGAUGUUUGAUCCUGUUGUUGGAAGAAUCAUUCGGUUGAUCCGCGGUCAAUUAGCCGCCGGCGGGAAUUGUUCGGCAAUGUUUUUAGUGGGGGGUUUUAGCGAAUCCAAAUAUCUGCAGUCACGAAUUAAGGAAGAAUUUGAUUCACGGGUAAAAAUCAUUGCUGUACCUCGACAACCCAUUGCAGCCAUUGUUCGUGGAGCGGUCGAAUAUGGCUUGAAGAUAAAUACGAUAAAAACUAGGGUAUUGACAUAUACGUACGGCGUGGAUUGUAGUCCGGAAUGGACUGAUGGGGAUCCACCGGAACGGAAAACCAGUAAAGGUCGGAUUAUUAAGUUUUUUGAGAUGGUCAAAAGAGGAACUCGGGUUGAAGUGGACCAAGAAUUCACCGAGAGGUUCGUCCCCGUUUUCCCAGAUCAAACGGGAAUUACAUUCAGUGUUUAUGUCACCAAAGAAUAUAAUGCGGUGUAUUGUGAUGACCCAGGAAUGCGAUUGCUUGGAACCCUUAGUAUUGACCUACCGGAUACUCAUCUUGGUUUGAACAGGCCAGUACUGUACACACUUUCCUUCGGCCAAAUGGAAAUAAAUUGUGCCGCGAAGAACCAAAUCACCGGUGAUAUUUAUAAUACUACUUUUGCAUUGGAUUUAGAUUGA